AUGGGGACAUAUUGUGAGGAACGUGAUAUUGUCUCAUGUAAAACGCCACCGUGUCGUCCGAUGCUUGUUUGUAUGCCGGACAGUACCAAAGGCUGUAAAAGUCAUCCACCCUGUCCAGCAGGUCAAGUAUGUGCCGAAAAAUUGAUACCAUGCAUUGGUCGAUCGUGCCGUAAAAUUGCGAAAUGUGUUCCACCAGGAACAUGUGAUGCAACGGAAUGUCCACCAUCACAUAAAUGUGUAAUGAGCCCUGGCCCAACAUGUGUCAAAACAAUUUUAUCAGCUGAAGAUAUUGCCAGGAUGAAUGAACACUGA